AUGAGUGAUGGUAUUCAUAAGAAGAACAAUAAACAAAUUGAUAAUUAUGAAGAUUUUCGAUUUCGUGAUGCAGCACAAGCUAUCUUUUUUAAAUAUCAAAUGAUGGAUAUGAUUAAAUCUUCUGAUGAAACUAAUGUUACGACUACUAUUACUACGAAUAUAACUACUUCUGUACAUAUGACUCGUAAUCGACAAGAGACAACAGUUAGAUCUCGUGCAUGUAUUAUUUUAUAA